AUGGCAGUUUUCAACCUCACCUCCUCUGAGGCUUCAACAUUCAUCCUAACGGGUAUCCCUGGCCUGGAAGCGUCCCAUGUCUGGAUUUCCAUCCCUUUCUCUACGUUCUACAUUAUCGGCCUGUUGGGAAAUUUCACUAUUCUGUUUGUUGUAGGCAGAGAGCAGACCCUGCAUAAGCCAAUGUACCUGCUGCUUUGCAUUCUGGCAUUCACAGAAAUCAGCACAACUACCUCCAUCAUGCCAAAGGCACUGUGUAUAUUUUGGUUUAAUUUGAAAGGCAUUACUGUGGGUGGCUGCCUCACCCAGAUGUUCUUCCUUUAUGCUGGUACUAUGAUGCACUCAGCCAUCCUCGUCACAAUGGCCUUUGAUCGCUAUGUUGCCAUAUGUAACCCUCUGAGAUACACCACCAUCCUCACCAAUGCACGAGUAGCUAAGCUAGGGCUAGUGGGUUUGAUAAGACCUGUCCUCUUUGUUCUGCCCCUGCCCCUACUCCUGAGCAGGCAUCCAUUCUGUGCCAACCGCAUUAUCCCCCAUAUGUACUGCGACCACAUGGCUGUGGUGAAGAUGGCAUGUGGGGACAUCACAGUCAGCAGGAUGUAUGGCUUGGUGGCAGCAUUUGUAAUCAUCGGGUUAGACCUGACUCUCAUUGCCUUGUCAUAUGCUCUGAUCAUCAGGGCUAUCCUCAGAAUCUCCUCCAAGAAUGCCCACCAGAAAGCCCUCAAUACCUGCACAGCCCACCUUUGUGUGAUGCUGAUUUCUUAUCCUCCCUUCUUCUUUUCCACUCUGACAUACCGGUUCGGUCAGGGCAUCGCUCCACACAUUCACAUCAUCUUGGCCAACAUCUAUCUCGUUGUCCCCCCCAUGGUCAACCCUAUCAUUUAUGGGGUCAAAACCAAAGAGCUUCGUGAGAAAGUGGGCAAAUACACCUGCAGAAGGUAA